AACCAAACACAAACGUCAACAAACCUCAUAACCAAAAAAUUUAAAUUCACUUAAAAUAAAUAAACAGACAUAAACAAUUAAAGAAAUGAAUUUGGAUCUAUUAGACUGCGCCCGAGGAAUUUGUAAAAAUCCAUUCGCCCGAACAAAAACCAUCAAGCAUUGUCAAAUACCUUCGUGCUGCCAAACCAAAUACAAGGAGAUCAUUCAAAAACCGAAAACUUAUAGCAAGCACACCCAAUCCCCUAUCUAAGAUUAAUAGACCCACAAAUGACUUUUCUAACGCGGGUUCUCCAGAUGAGGAUUCUCAACUGUCACGAGCCAAAGCAAAAACUAGAAAUAAAAGGAAAACUAAAAAGCAGACAACUGUAAAAAAAACAAAUAUUUCAAUGCUGAGCGAUCAAUCGCCCAGUCCAAGAAGACCUGAACUAGUAAUACUUUUAGAAAAUGUAUUGCCACCUCCAAGAGAUUUUGUCAAUAAAACUCCUAGAAGUGGAGGGCGUGUUAAUUUUACAAAUUUAAGGGACGAUUCUGACAAGGAUGCUGGGACUAAAAGUUUUGGACUCCUUCCGGUUUCACCACAAAAAACUGACAUCCAAACUAAAAUACAAGAAGACAAAAAUAAUAAAUUUCCAUUGAAACAAGCUAAAGCAAAUUCUAAAACUAGAAAUAAAAGGAAAACUAAAAAGCAGACAACUGUAAAAAAAACAAAUAUUUCAAUGCUGAGUGAUCAAUCGCCCAGUCCAAGAAGACCUGAACUAGUAAUACUUUUAGAAAAUGUAUUGGCACCUCCAAGAGAUUUUGUCAAUAAAACUCCUAGAAGUGGAAGGCGUGUUAAUUUUACAAAUUUAAGGGACGAUUCUGACAAGGAUGUUCCAGACAUCCAAACUAAAAUACAAGAAGACAAAAAUAAUAAAUUUCCAUUGAAACAAGCUAAAGCAAAUUCUAAUCAUCCACAAAAGGCUGCAAUAGAAUCAAAGAGUGACGAUCGGCCAAUUAGAAAAAAGAAAGGUCCAAAAGCAACCAAGAAAUCAGUUCAACGUGUUGGUUCUUCCCCUAAGUUUAAAAUAAUAGAAAACCUAAUAUUGAAGGCAAAGAAAAACAAUGUAAAUAAUUCAGCCAAACAAAAUUCAGAUCACACUAAUGACAAAAUUGUACAGACACAGCCAAACAAUGAAAGUGAUGGUCUUCGUUUUAACCUCAUUGAGGAAAUUGAAUCAAGAAAAAAAUUAAAAUCGCUAAUGCCAGCUGCACCACCACCAAUAGAGGAAACAGAUACUCAACAGACAAAUCGAAAAAGAGUUGAAGGUAAAAAGUCACUUUGGAACUAUGUUGUCAAUAAAUUGGACUUAUUUGCUGAUAGCGUCACUCAAAGAGGAGAACGCGUGGCAUCUGACUCAAGCAGUAUCUCCAGAGAAUCUGUGGAAUUAUUCAGCGUGAUGACGUCAACAAGAAAAUCCGCAUCUAACAAACAAAAAAUGCAAAAUUUAAAAAAUACCCUGAAGAAAUUGCACACUGUCAAGAAAAAUAGCAAUCUUGUUGACCACCGACCAAUUCAAACUGAAAGAUUGUUUGCUCCAAUUUUUAGACAAUCAAUAGUUUCAAGAAACAAAAAAUCAAAAUCCAGGAUUUUCAACACUAGCGAUAAAUCAGCAAACAUUUAUGACACUGACACUCCAGGAUUUAGUGAUUUUAACGAGCCAACGCUUUCUUUCAAACAUAAACCUUUCAGAUGCGACACACCAAGUAGUUCUAUAGGCCAUUCAUUGUGGUCCAAUUCUAAUAUUCACCUAAAUCCUGUCAAAAAUAAAAAUAAAACUGUUGCAAGUACAAAUAGGACAAAAUCGAAAUUAGUACAACCAAAUCAGAUACUACAUGACACAGCAUUAGAAAGUCCACAACAUAAAAGCUCUAGCCCAAAGCAUCCAAUAAUAGAGCCAAAACAACCACCUCAGACUUCAACUUUAGAGCAAAUUAAUGUGUCUGUGAUUAGAAACAAUGAAGUUUUUCAAAAUUCUGGAACCAGUUCUAAAAGCAGGAAGCAGCGUACACGAUCUAACUCAAAACAUUAUCAAUCUGUUAAUGAAUCUAUAAGGGAUAAUGAAGCUCCUGAAAAUUCUGGAACCAGUUCAAGGCUACAAAAUAAAAGUAGCACCCAGAAUUCAACCUUGAAACCUCUCGGUGUCAGAAAAAGAUCUGAUAGUUGUAGUACAUCUAAUCAAAAAAAGCAGCCUUUAGAGGAUGAAAUUCAAAAUAGUGUGCCAACAAAAAGUACUAGGGGUAGGAAGAGGAAAAAUCAGGCUCCAAAGGAUGAAACUGAAAACAAUAAUAAUGCUAAAAAAGCUAAGAUAGAUGGCCGCAGACAACUAAGAGUACGCAAACCACCAAUUCACUGUCCAAUAAUUGACUUGGCCACUUCAAUAAAAUCAUACGCUUUUGAUCCAGCAUUAUUGAAAAAAUUUAAAAAAAACAGUAAGGCGGCCGAAAUUGAUACAUCAUCGUUCACAGCUAGCCAAACCCAAAGACUCACUAACCAAAUGCCCACUGUACAAGAAUCAUCUAGAGUUGAAUCACCUGUGGAGAGUGAAAUACAAUUGCCACAAGAUCGCAACUGUGAGGAUUCAGAUUUUGGCUUCGCGUCCAUUUCGGUUGAGAAAAAAGUUCCAAGAAAGACUGGCUUGGGAGGCAAAACGUCUAGUAGAAGAACGAAAACAAUCGAAGAAGUUCCAGAACCUUGUUCUUCAUCCUCCAGUGAACCUCCUACUACUGAUUCUGAUCAAAGCCCAGCCCAAACUAGCUCCUAUAUAAACGAAUCUGAAUCUAGAAGUGCCACAAACAGUCAAAAUCCUGAAGAAGCAGAUUACUUAGAUCAAACAGUAGAUGGCAAAGUUUUCAAGACACGAUUUGUAUGUAGCGACCCAAGCCUUCUAAACUAUACUUCAGUUGGUAAUUUAUUUUUAAAUAAAAUUACCAAAGUUCCAAAUAAUCAAUAUACUGUGGGUUACCUACGAAUAGGACAAGGGGAAUCGAAAAAGGUGGCCAAAAGUACAAAGUUUUCAUUUGUUUACGUAGUCAUUACUGGAGCUGCUGAAGUUACAAUUGAAAGUGAAAUUUAUAUAGUUAAACAAGGAGGGUAUUUUUCGGCGCCAGUUGGUACUACAUACUCAAUUAAAAAUACUAGUUUGGAUUCGUACCUAAAAAUUCAUUUUACCAGAAUAAGGGCAAUGGCCGAUAAUUAAUAAUUUAUUUUCUUUGUUGUAUGUGUUUGUUUCAAACAAUUAUUUGGUUGAUAUUAGAUGUGUUACAGUGUUGCCACAGAAAUCACAAACCAGUCAUUGGUUGAAACUGGUUGGUGAUUUCUGUGCGAACAGACCUAGUGUUAAUUUCAUUAGAAGGGCAUUUUAUUAUUACUAUUAUGGCGAAUGAAGUCUUGAAGCCUUCCUGGGCUUAUAACUACAUAUUUGCAGACAAGAACUUCAUUUGAAAAAAUAAUAAAUAAUAUACCUAUUCUUAGUAUAGUUUUCAAUUGUAUAAAUUACCAAAUCAUUUUUGUUAAGAAAGUGAGACCCUAUUCGAAAUAUGUAAGAUGUUUAAUAAAAAGUUAGAGAGUUAAACUAUUAA